CCAUGACACAUAUCAUGAACUACCCCUCCCGCCUGACGACCUGUUGACAUAUUUCCGCGGAGGCGCUCGCUUUAAAAUGAAACGCGCUCUUCGAUCAGAUGUUCACGGAAACCACCCUCUUCUCUCUGACUGAUUCACGACAUUAAGAAGAAAUGCCCACACUCACCCGAAUCCAUUUCUAUUUCCAUUUCCCUCGGGCAACCAGUCCAAGAGCACUCAGCUCCAGACUCGGAACAGUCCACUACCAUCCUGGGCGCAUCUGCGCGCUCCACAGCUCCUCGCGCCUCCACAAAACCCUCGACCCCAUCUCCAGCACCGAGCCCUCCACCCUCGGGGACCACCUAAGCGCCCAGCAAUGGCUAAAAUGGCAGCACUGCCACACCCAGGACGUACGGCUCGCACCACGAGCCACGCACGCCCAAGUUGCGGCGGAACAGGUCCCCCUCCGCGCCGCCUACGCGGCCUCGGACGAUAAUAUAACCCGCCGUAGAUCGCCCACCGAGAGCGAGGAGGACGUCGUGGCCGACAGGUCCGACGACGACCCGUUGCCCCCCGGGGCGCACCAUACCAUCCGCCUGCCCGCCGGCGAGGCGGCGCCGCGGCCUACCGAGUCGGAGGAGGAUGUCGCGGCUGAUAGGUCCGAGGAUAAUCCGUUGCCGCCGGGGGUGCGGGGGCCGGUGUGAGUUGGGGAGGUGGCGGGGAUUGGUCUGCUGUAUCUGUUUGUUCAACGCCGCUGGGUCAAUGGCAGCAGCGUUGGGUUUCGCAAACUUGACCGGGUUGGACUGAUGGAGCUAGGUUUUUGGCCAUAUAUUGGAUAUAAUCGACAAGUGUUAAUAAUCUCACCGCUGGAAAGGAGUUGAGCCUUCAAUCCUUGCUGCUGGGGUUAUGCGUAUCAACUCAUUUCUCAGCCCAUGGUUACAAGUCCAAAAUCCCCUUACAAUUAACCUGCAGGAUAUGUGAGUUGGUAAAGACCGAAUGAAGUAUAUACAUGGUGAGGUUGUUCACUCAGAGCCAAUCACCAAAAUAAAUGCAACGGGUGGCUUGAGGGGGAAUCAUGGCGAUGUUGCUUCCUCCGUCUUCAUACGCCUCUGAUAUCUCACCUCUCGCACUUGGCUACAUGCAGGUAGAAUAAAAGACAAAACAACAGCUGCCUUGCUAAAGCUUACGAAGAGAAUCC